AUGAGUCUUUCUGCCUCUUCGGGCGACGGGGAUGCUUGUCAGGCUUCGGCCAGUCUUGUGACCCGGGACCUGAUGCGUGCCUAUUUGGCAAAUCGUCGAGACCAAGUCCUCAUUGUGCUGCACGCCAAAGUUGCUCAAAAAUCCUAUGGAACUGAAAAGAGAAUCGAGUUCAUGCUCAAGUCGCCAUACUUGCGCCACCAUGCUGUGGGGCACACAAUUGACCUCGUCAAAAGUGACGGUUAA